AUGUAUGCGGCAGCCGGUGGCGCGAGCAUCGCGAGUAGGCGAAAGCAGAAGAGGCUUCUUCUACAUAAACGAGGAGGAAGUGGCGGUGGAGUUGUCGGAGGCGCAGGCAGAGGCGCGGUAUCUUCAGCGGUGACCUCGGGCGAACAUCAUCAUCAGGCUCAGGGACAGGGAAGGGGGUUUCCUGGAGGAAAUAUACACCACCUUAAUCAUUACAAUCAUCACAACCAUCAUAAUCAGAGUAAUCAACAACAAGCCAGGACAAAGAGCGCCCCAUUUCCAUCGUCGCGCCAGAGCAGGAUCUCGAGACCACCGAAUCUCCAUCCCCCUCUGCCUUCUAGUGCCCAGCACCAGUGUCAGCCUAAUAAUCAACAUCAUCAUCACCAUCAUCACCACCAUCAGCAUCAACAGCAGCAGCUGAUACCGGUCUCUCCUAUCACUUUCCCAAUAUCGCCACCGCCGCUAUCAGUUUCCCUCGAAUCUUCCAAAUCGUUAACUUACUCCGUAUCGAAAAGCAACCAUUUUCCAUUCCCACCACCCCCCGACCUAAGAGUGUCAUCUUCUACCGAACUUCAGUGCAGCGGCCAGAGCCAGGCUCAGGGUAAAGCGGCAUGGCAGGGAUGCAGCAGACCGUCGCCUCUUCCCCUAACACCAGUAUCACCAAUCGGUUCACGCGCCGGUGACGGUCUGAACUACAAGACAAAACAGUGCGAGGCACACCGACGAUGGAUGAAAAGAAACAGGAUACGAGAUGCCAGCUACUGCUACGGGAGUAGCGGAGAGGAAGAAGAAGACGGACAGGAAUGGAGUGGCGGUCGACGAAGAGGCGAAGUUAGCGCGGCAGUGAAUACGGUGCUCUAUGCGGGACUUGGGACGACGGCUUUGGGUCUGGUGAUAUCGUUUGUGGGCACGGGCGAAAAGGGAUUCCAGAGUUCAGAACUGAGGCUGGUGGGUCCGUCUCUCCUGUGCGCCGGCCUGCUGUGCUGCCUGUUGAGGGUGUUGCUGUGCCUGUGUCUGUGCCACUGCGGUAAAUGUCAGUGGGGUUCGUCAUCGUCCGCAGCGAUGAAAAGUGAUAAAUUGGAAAAGGCUUCGGCAAAGGAGCAGAAUAAUGUGCAGCCGGCUCCGUCUCUUCUAACCGCUUCCCUCCUGCCGCCACUCAGAUCGGUUGCUGCGACCGUUUCUCCGCCCCCUCCAGCGGUGAAAGGGCGAGAGCUUCUUCUGUCAGCGGCUCAACUAUCCGAAUGACCGUUUAUUUUAGGGUCCAAAUUGUAGAGAAGGAGAAUGUUCGGAAAAGCCAUCCCGCCACCAAGUUCCCCACGUAUACUCUCGACUAGACAGAUGCCGCUGACAAUGUUUUUUCUACGAUUAUCCAAGUAAUCUCUUUAUAGUGUUACGGGACAGAGUGAUAUGUUAUACGUACAUAAAUAUGACAAAUUCGAUUCGACUACACCUAAGCCGCGUGUUCUUUUUCUAGAGAUUAUUAUUGUUAACCCAAUACAAUAUAAUCUAUUGAUAUUAAAUAUCCGUUAUUACUUUUUAAGCUGAAUUG